AUGACCGAAUCGCAUAGUGGAAGAUCGCGGGUCUACUUCGACCUCUCGAUAGGCGGCAAGAAGGAAGGUCGCAUCGUGAUCGAGUUGUUCAAUGAUGUCGUUCCCAAGACGGCCGAGAACUUCCGUGCACUAUGUACCGGUGAGAAGGGUGAAGGAAAGUCGGGCAAGCUCCUCAGCUACAAAGGUUCCAUCUUCCACCGGGUCAUCAAGUCUUUCAUGAUUCAGGGCGGUGAUUUCACAGCAUUCAAUGGCACCGGCGGCGAAUCAAUCUAUGGCGAAAAGUUUGACGACGAGAACUUUGAGCUGAAGCAUGACCGGCCUUUCCUGCUGUCAAUGGCCAAUUCUGGACCUGGCACCAACGGCUCGCAGUUUUUCAUCACCACCGUCCCAACACCCCAUCUUGACGGCAAGCACGUCGUCUUCGGAGAAGUUAUCAACGGCAAGAACAUCAUUCGGAAGAUCGAGAACCUCCCUACGCAGUCAGACAAGCCAUCCAACGGUGAUGUCGUUGUGGCCGACUGUGGACAGCUGGAAGGCGAGAGCUGGAAGACGGCCACCCAGAAAACUGCCGACGCGACUGGCGACCCAUAUGAAGACUUUCCCGAUGACCAAGGCGAGCUGAAAGGCGAGGAGUACUACAAGAUUUCUCUGGAUCUCAAGGAAUAUGGCAACAAGGCCUUCAAGGCUGGCGACGUCGAAACCGGUAUCGACAAAUACCAGAAAGGUCUAAGAUAUCUCAACGAAUACCCGGCGGCCAAUGAAAACGACCCGAAAGAUCUGCAAGACAAGAUUGAUAUCCUUCGAUUCACUUUGCACAGCAAUUCUGCACUUCUUGCCAACAAAGCUAAGCGCUAUGAUGAAGCGGAGAAGUGGGCAGGAUUUGCCAUUGAUGCCACACCUAAAGACGCAAAGGACACAGACAAGGCCAAAGCAUAUUUCCGCCGUGGACAGGCGAGGGUAGCUCUGAAAGACCUCGAAGGAGCUCUCAAAGACUACGAGACGGCAAACAAGCUUGCGCCGGAAGAUGCAGGUAUCAAAGCCGAGCUUGCCAAGACGAAGAAGACUCUCCAUGACAGCAUCAAGAAGGAGAAAGAUGCGUACAAGAAAUUCUUUAGCUGA